UUAGAAUUGCAGCUGUAACCGUCGUUGCUCUGGCUGCAGACCGAAUACCGCGCCGCCCCCGUACCGAGAGACGCUAAAGGCGAGGCGGAUGCGACGCCCGCGCCUGCAGACUUGCGACGCGCCGUCGAUCUCACCUUCCAGGCUAUGACUGCUUCUCCAUUGACUCCACAAGUACUCGGUCCAGUAUCCCAGUCGACACUCGCACAACGACGCAGCAAACCGCAAAGGCGAUUCCCACCAACUCAACUUUAGAAAACACAUCAGCUUAUGCGUAAUCCAUCGAUUUUGAAGAAAACGUUGCUCUAGCCACAUGCUAAGUGGAUUUGACGCCCACAU